AUGCCGGACUUCAAGCCUGGGCAGACCGUCCUGCUCAACGAUGGCCGCAAGGCUAUUGUGCGGUUCGCGGGCCCAACUCACUUCCAGGUGGGCGAAUGGAUCGGCGUCGAGCUCGAGGAGAAGACGGGCAAAAACGAUGGAAGCGUCCAGGGCGAGCGCUACUUCGACUGCCCCAUGGGCUACGGCAUGUUUGUCAAGCCCAUGAUGGCCACAAUCAUCGCGCAGCCGGCCGCGCCAAGGCCGGCGGCAGCAACAACAACGACAACAACAACAGCGAGAAGGCCCGGCGCCAGACCGCCUGGAUUGCAUCCCACCGCGGGCAGGGCGUCUGUUUCUGGCGCCGAGGCCAGUCUCAAUAGGAGGAGGAGCAUCAACGCGCCCAGCCCCAGCCCGUCACCGUCCAAAUCUCCUACCAAGCAGCUCAGCAGUUCGUCCAGUGCUAGCGCGUCUCGAACGACGACACCCUCGACCGUUCGGGUGCCGUCCGCCGCGGGCAAGCCUCGCACGAACCUGUCGGGGUCGCGCACGUCCAUGGGGCCCCCCCCUCCGCCCCAGACCGGCCAGCGAUCGGCGAUGCGACAGCCGUCGAUAUCAUCCCUCAGAGCCGGAAGCGCCCCGACCAAGUCCAUUGGCGGGCGCGGCGGCAUCGCGGCUCCCCGGGCUGCGUCGCGCCCCGAAUCCGGUCGCCGUACCUCUGUCAGCUCCCAGGGAGGGUUCGAUUCGAGCUCGGCCACUCGAUCCGACGAGAUGCUGAGCUCUCCCAUUGAGGCCGAGGAGGACGAGAUUCUUUCGCCGCAGCCAACGAGCCCGGUCGCUGGGAGAGCGAAUGCGUUGGAGAGGAUCGCGGCGGCGUCGUCAACCCUAUCCUCUUCAUCAGCAGCUACGAUGAAGAAGCCGGGAGCGGCUGGCUCAUCCCGGUCCUCGAUUGGCAGCACUGCAGCGAGCAGGGAAAUCGAAGAUCUCAAGGCGAAGCUGAAGGUUUUGGAACGGAAACGAGUCGAGGAUCGGGACAAACUGAAGCAGCUGGAAACCAUCCAAGGAGAAAGGGACAAGUUCGAAGGCAUCAUCCAAAAGCUGCAGCAGAAGUAUCAGCCCAUCCAGCAAGAAAACACGGAACUGAGGAAAGCGCUGAAGGAAGCCGAGACAAGGUUCGACUCGAUCGAAGCCCUUCAGGCAGAGCAUGACACUGCGCUGGAACUGGCAACGCUGGAUCGCGAAAUGGCCGAAGAGACGUCCGAAGUCUUGAAAAUCGAGGUGGAUGCUCUCAAGGAAAAGCUUGAAGAAUUGCAAUUGGAGCUUGAAAUUGUGAAGGAGGAAAACGCCGAAUACAGCAAAGGCAUGACUCCAGAAGAGCGCGCCAGCACGGGCUGGCUGCAAAUGGAACGCACCAAUGAACGACUACGAGAGGCGCUGCUACGACUGCGGGAUCUCACCCAAGAGCAAGAGCAGGAGCUUCGAGACCAAAUUGCGGGUAUGGAGGAGGAACUCAAAGAGUUCAAUGCCCUUAAGGAGGAGCACACCACGGCCAAGGAGAAGCUGGCUCAGUCCGAAUCCGCUGUGGAAGAUUUGCGGCAGCAGCUUGAUACCGCGCUGGGUGCCGAGGACAUGAUUGAGGACUUGACCGAAAGGAACAUGAGCAUGUCUGAGCAGAUUGAGGAGCUCAAGGCGGUCAUUGAAGACUUGGAGAACCUCAAAGAGAUCAACGAUGAGCUUGAGAUCAACCACGUCCAGAACGAAAAGGAGAUGCAGGAGGAACUUGACUUCAGGGAUAGCGUCAUUGCAGAGCAAGCCCGACGAGCACAGCAACAGGAUGCGGCUCUGGGAGACAUGGAAUACACCCUGUCACGAUUCCGCGAGCUCGUAACCAGCCUGCAGAGCGAUCUGGACGACAUGCGGGCAUCUCAGGCUGUCACCGAGGGCGAGUCCGAGAAGCUCAACGACCGCUCGAGGGCCAUGAUGGACCUGAAUAUGAAGCUCCAGAUCUCCGCCUCCAAGGCCCAGGUCAAGACGAUUGACCUCGAGCUGCGACGUCUCGAAGCUCAGGAGGCAGAGCAGCACCUGGGCAUUGUCAAGCUUUUCCUUCCCGACAGCUACCGAGACGAUCAGGACUCUGUCCUUGCUCUGCUGCGCUUCCGCCGCCUGGCUUUCAAGGCAAACCUUCUUAAUGGAUUCAUUCGUGAGCGUGUCAACGGACAGCCCGAACCGGGCCAUGAGGACGACGUUCUCGCCGGUUGUGACGCCAUUGACAAGCUCGUGUGGGUUGCUGCCAUGUGCGACCGCUUUGUCAACGACAUUAGCCACUGCUCCAUCGAACAGUUCACCAAGUAUCAGAACUCUCUGCUGGAGCUGGAGCCCGUCGAGCGUGCGCUGAACACGUGGAUCGAUGGCCUGCGGCGAGACGAGCUCAAGGAGCAGAAGUGCGCCGACGAGCUGCAGCGCACCAUUUCGCUCAUGUCGCACCUUGGAGAGGUGCACAUCUCGAGCGGCAUCGCUGCCUUUGCCGACGACAUGCACAUGAGGACGCUGGUCAUUCAAAGCCACCUCGACUCCGCGACUGUCGCCUUCAACGUGAUCCGAAGCAUGGUGCAGCGGGCUAUCCCGUCGGCGGGCGAAGAGGAAGAGCUGGCACAGCACUUUGCUAAGAAGAUUGACCUCGCCAUCACGCAGACGAGGAGCACAAAGGUCUUUGCCGGAAAGGCGGUUCGUGCGCUGGAGGACCUCAAGGCACGGUCGCUCUCACUGGGCGAGGAUACCAGGGGCUUGUUCGAACAGUGCGAGGCUCUGACGCAAGAGCUUGCACGACUCACCCGCCAGAUUGGCCUUGGCAUCCACAAGCUGCUCACCCAAGACGAGGGCCGAAAUGAACCGUUCACUUACGAAGAGGUCAACGAGGCCGUCCGCCAAGCCGUCCUGGAGGCUACCCAGACCAACGAGUCGGAUCUCUUCUCGAGCUACCUCAACAAGCUCAAAUCUGCUAGUGAACAGAUUUCUGACCUGGCUACGCUUGCCGCCGACCUGGACCAGACCCACGACUUUGACGUCAGCCCCUCUCCUUGGCGUCUUCGUGCCCAGGAACUCCGGAUCCUCAAGACAGUCCCUGUGGACACGGAGGAGGAGCUCAGAAGACUCAAGGCUGAGCACAGCGAGGUCCGCCGGACGAUUGCGCAGAGGGACGAGCAGCUCAGCACGGCUGUUCUCAAGAUUGAGACGCUCGAGUCUCGGAUGCGCGAUGCUCAGGCCAACGUCGAACGCAUCAGCAGCUUGCAGUCUGAGCUUGACGAUGUCAAUAGCCAUGUGGCAAGCCUCAAGGAAGAUAUCGAGAAACAGGACCGGGAGCUCAAGAACCUGGAGUCGGAGCGAGACAAGUGGAAGAAGAUUGCCAGCGACAGCAGGGCGUACGCCGACGGCGCCGACGCUGCGGACAUGAAGGCCGGUCAGGAGCGGGCUGUGGCCACGGCGCGCGAGAUGGAUGCACUCAAGAAGGACAUUGAGAGCCUGCAGGCGGCAGUCCGGUACCUGCGCGACGACAACCGACGCGCGCGCUUGAAGGAGCAGCAGGACUACGAGUGGCUCUCGGAGCCCCUGAAGAAGGAGGCCAGCCCCGAGCAGCAGCGCAAGGCGCUGGUGGUUGCCGAAGGCAAGGACGUGCUCGGAGAGCUCCUCAAGCUGGCCACGUCGGCCACGGUCUUUGAUCUCAGUGCCGCACCCAAGCAGAAGCUGGCCUGGCGGCCUGCGCGAACGACGCCGCAGUACCACGCGGCGAAGCAGACGGAGGAGUUUGAGGCCUGGAGGACGUGGCAGGAGUCGGUGCUGAAGAAGACGGACAUGCUCCUUGUGCAGGACCGCACCGCCAGCCUCGGCAGGGAGAAGCUGGCCGGCACGAAGCGAGAGGCUGCCGCGCGGCUGAGGAUCAGGCUGCCGCGCGACGGCAAGGCGACGGCGACGACGUACGCGGGAGACAAGGUGCAGAUUGUCGGGUCGCAGGAGUGGGACGCGUUGCAGGCUGCUACGAGGAAGUUUGCCGCUGUAUGA